AAGCAUAUCAAUGGAAUAUCAAAAGAAGGAUUCAAACCUAGAUGAAGGGUGUAAUCCCCUGAGCAAAUGAAUGGUUAAAACUAUUAAUCCAAGGAAUAACUACUCUCAUAUUAGUAUUGAAAAACUGCAUGUAUUAAUUAUUUCAAAACCAUUUGACUGGGAAUGUCAAGAACAAUUUUUGAAGGUCAUUUUGUGUCUGCAGAAAAGUGGCAUCAAGACUUAUACGAAUCAAGUGAGCCUUGAAUAUGCAAUCAAGGAUGAAAUGAUUGAAAACUAUCGAGACAAGUCUUUAAUUGAUAAAAUAGAUUUUGACUCCGUUCAUAUUUUUGAGGAAGAAACCAAUAUCAUUAAUAGAGUCAUUACUCUUGGAGGAGAUGGAACAAUUCUGUUUGCAAUUAAGAUGUUUUAUAACACAAGAGUUCCUCCGAUAAUUAGCUUUGGCCUUGGAUCCGUAGGAUUUUUAUGAUGCUUUGAUUCCUCUGAAUUGGAGAGAGCGCUCUUUCAUUGAUUACUUAAGAAGAGAAAACGCAAGUCUACAAUCAACCAUGUAACAAUUGAUCUUGUAGAAAAUCAAUCUGGAAAUGAUGUUGUCAAAUAUGAUCCUUAUCUACAAUACAGAGCAAGAUUAAAAGUAACAGUUAGCCCUUGAUGUGAAAGAGGAUCUAUUAAAGUAAAUUCUAGUAUUUUCCCUGAUAAGUACAAGGAGCUUCCUUGAGGCUCAAUUUUGAACGCUCUAAAUGAAUGUACAUUGGAAACAGGAUCGUUCAAUCAAAUGUUUACUGUUGAUCUUUAUCUAAAUGAAAACUUUUUAACAAGAGUGACGGCAUCAGGAUUAAUAAUAUCAACUCCAACUGGAUCAACAGCUUACAAUAUGUCUGCUGGAGGUAGCAUAGUUAAUACAGAAGUGAAAGCUAUUUGUGUGACUCCUUUGAAUCCUUUAACACUUUCUUUCCGACCUCUGAUUCUUCCUUUCGAUUGAAAGAUAACAAUAAAAGUUCCAGAGGGAGCAAAUGAUAACCCCUUUAAUGGAUGAAUAGAUGGAGACUUUAAAUUCCAACUCAUUGAUGGAGAUGAACUUGAAAUAAUAGGAUCAGAAUUUCCAGUUCCUUUUGUUACAAAUGAGAAACAUGACCCAAUAAAAAGUUGGAUGAAUCGGCUAGCCUCCACAGUGUUGAGCUAUUAA